GCAAAUGCUGGGCGCUUUAAUCCAAACAUAACCAUUUUCUCUUCCAUUACAUUUUCAAUUCAGUUCCCAUUUUCCGUUAAUCUCCCUCUCUAUCAUCUCUCUGUCUCUUCCUGUCUCGCUUCCUCUUGCUGGUUUUGGUUUCUUUUAUCUACCUUCUUGCUCUGAUUCUAAGUCUAGGUUCCGGAUCCAGAUAUCAGUGUUGGUUGAAGCUCGACGAGGAAGACGGAGGAAAGUAAAGUGAAUUUCCAGAACCAACAAAAAGAAACAGCUCAUCUUUUCCAAUAUGAUAGCUGUCUUUUCUAAAAUCUAUGCCCUGAGUCAUGGACUCCUCCUGAACGUCCAUGUCCUAAUGUGCCCUUGCUAGGGGAAAUUGAUAUUCCCAGGAGAUGACAAAACAUCGGUUCAGGAAUUCUAUAAAGUCUCUAUUUGGGAGUCACCUUGAUCCAGAAACAGAAGAACGGCUGAAAGGAAGUAAAUCAGAUGUCGAGGAUAAAGUGAAUAAAAUUAUAAAACUCAUAAAAGAUGAAGAUAUUGGUGUUGGAGACCACGAUCAAUCAGAAAUUCUCAAAAAAGAAAUCAUUGCUGAAUUAAUUGAGGAUUUCCAUAAAGAUUACCAGGAACUCUAUACCCAAUAUGACCAUCUGACUGGAGAAUUGAGAAGAAAUUUCCAAACAAGAAAAGAAAAGGAAAGCUCUUCAUCUAGUAGCUCAUCAGACUCAGAUUCAGAUGAUUCAGACGAUUCUUCAAAGGAAAAGAACAGUAAAAAUGAACGACAGUUGGAGAGCGAAGUCCAAGCAGUUGUUGGUAUCAAGCAGGAACUUGAAGCAGCACUUCUAGAAGUAGCGGACUUGAAAAGAAAAUUGGCAACUACUAUUAAAGAACACGAGUCUCUAAAUUCAGAACACCUGACAGCUUUAAGUCAGAUAAAAGAGGCAGAUGGGAUUAUUAGUGAUUUGAAGGUUGGAGCUGAGACUUGGGAUGCUCAAAAGUCAAAAUUUCUGCACGAAAUUGAAGAACUGAAUCUGACGUUGAAAAAUGCUGGUAAGAUUGAAGCUGAGUUGAACGGGAGGUUAAAAGGUAUGGAAACAGAGAUGACUAGUUUCAUUGAAGAAAAGGAGACUGCAAGGAGGAAGAUUGAAGAGGAGGAGAAACUUGUAGAGGAAUUAAAGGCUUUGAGUGAUCAGUUUAAGGAGAAGUUGUCAGCCACAAUGGAAGAAAAGGAGACUCUAAACUUAAAACACUUGGAAGCUUUAAACAAUAUACAAGAAGUAGAAAAGGUAACAGGAGCCUUGAGGAUUGAAGCUGAAACCUGGGGUCUUGAAAAAUCUAAAUUUUUGCUCGAGAUUGAAGAGCUGAGUCGGAAGUUGAGUACUGCUGGUGAGAUUCAAUCUGAAUUGAAUGGAAGACUGAAAGAUAUCGAAAUGGAGAAGGAAACCUUGAUCAACGAGAAGGAGACUGCAUGGAGGAAAAUUGACGAGGGAGAUAAAAUUGUAGAAGAAUUAAAUGCCACAACUGACUCGUUGAAGAGACAGUUGACAGCUACAAUUGAAGACAAGGAAGCUCUGAAUUUAGACCAUGGGACAGCUUUAAGCAAAAUAAAUGAAGCAGAUAAGAUCAUAGCAGAUAUGAAGGCUGAAACAGAAAUCUUGGGUGUUGAAAAAUCUAAUCUUCUCCAUGAGAUCGAACUUUUGAAUCAGAAGUUGGUUGCUGCUGGGAAAUUAGAAAUGGAGCUGAGUGGAAGAUUGAAUGAAAUGGAAAAGGAGAGAGAUAAAUUGAUUGAGGACGGAGAGAAAAAUAGAGAAGAAAUGAAUAGCAUCACUGACAAGCUAAAGAAGCAGCUAACAACUAAUCUUGAAGAAAAGGAAGCUCUGAACUUAGACCAUAUAACAGCUUUAAGCAAGGUAGAUGAAGCAGAGAAAAUCAUAGCAGCUAUGAAGGCUGAAGCAGAAACUUGGGGCGUUGAAAAAUCUGACUUUCUUUUUAAGAUUGAUCAGCAGAAUCAGAAGUUGAGUGUUGCUGAUAAUUUUGAAGCAGAUGUGAAUAGGAAAUUGAAAGACUUGGAAAUGGAAAAGGGCAAGUUGAUAGAGGAGAAAGAGAUUGCAUUAAGGACGAUUAGAGAGGGAGAAAAAAUUAAAGGAGAACUAGAUGGUAUGGUUGACCAACUGAAGAGGCAAUUGACAGCUGCAAUUGAAGAAAAGGAAGCUCUGAACUUACAACAUUUGACAACUGUAAGUAGGGUACAAGAGGCAGAUAAGAUCACAAGAGAUAUGAAGGUUGAAGCGGAAACCUGGGGUGUUGAAAAAUCUAAAUUUCUGCUUAAGAUUGAAGGGCUGCAUCAGAAGUUGGGUAUUGCUGGAAAAUUAGAAGAACAAUUGAACGACAGAUUGAAAGAUUUGGGAGUGAAAAAUGAUAACUUGAUCAAGGAAAAGGAAAAUGCACACAGCGCGAUUAAAGAGGGAGAAAAAGUUAUAGAAGAAUUAAAUAUCGUGAUCGAUCAGGUGAAGAGGGAGUUGGCAGCUACGAUUGAAGAAAAGGAAGCUCUGAACUUGGAUCAUGCGACUACUUUAAGCAAGAUAAGUGAAGCAGAUAAGAUCGUAGGAGAUAUGAAGAUACAAGCUGAAAUUUGGGGUGUAGAAAAAGCUGAUCUGCUGCUCAAGAUCGAAGAAAUGAGUCAAAGGCUGAGCAAUGCUGUUAAUAUAGAAGCAAAACUUAAUGGAAGAUUGAAAGAUAUUGAAAUUGACAAAGAUGGUUUGAUCAAGGAAAAAGAGAUUGCAUGGAAGGAGACCGAAGAGCUUCAAAAAGUUAAAGAAGAAUUAAAUGUCAUGGUUAAUCAGCUAAAUAACCAGUUAGAAUCUAUAAUAGAAGAAAAGAAAGCUCUCAACUCAGAACAUGUGAUGGCCUUGAGUAAGCUUCAAGAAGCAAAUAAAAUCAUAGAAGAUUUGAAGGUUGAAGCAGAAACUUGGGGAGUGGAAAAGUCUAAGUUCUUGCUUGAAGUUGAAGGAUUGAAUCAGAGACUGAACUCUGCUGCUAAGUUUGAAACAGAACUUGGUGAAAGAUUGAAUGUUGCGGAAAUUGAGAAAGACAACUUGAUGAAAGAAAGAGAGACUGCUUGGAGGAGGAUUGAAGAGGGAGAAAAAACUAUAAAAGAAUUGAAAGAGAUUCAUAAUCAGCUCAAAGAAGAAAAGAUGACCACUUGCCAAGAAUUAGAAACAGUUCGAGGAGAAAUUUCUGACUUGAAGCAGCAAAUUCAGUCUGCAGAACAGCAGGCAGCAAGCUUAACGCAUGCUCUAGAAGCUUCCAAGGAAGAAAACAGAUUAUUGAACUUGAAAAUUGUGGAGACCACGAGUGAGAUUCAAUCGACUCAGAAGACGAACCAAGAACUUGUGUCUCAAUUGCAGUCGUUGAAGGAGGAUUUGGGUGAGAUGGAAAGAGAACGUUCUAAUCUAGUUGAGAAGCAUGAGGUGCAUGUGAAUGAAUCAUCAACUCGCGUAAAUAUGCUAGAAGCACAAGUUACACGGUUGGAAACAGAAUUGGAGUUGUUGCAAACAAGUGAAAAAGAUUUGCUUCAAAAAUUGGAGAUGAAAGAAGCUGAAGCAAAACAAUUAGGAGAGAAAAAUAUUGGACUACAGGCCCAAGUUUCAGAGAUUGAAGUAUUAUUUAGGGAGAGAGAAAAUGAACUUUCUAUUCUCAGAAAGAAGCUUGAAGACAGUGAGAAUCAAUCCUCAUGUAGCAUAGCAAAUUUGACUCUGGAGAUCAACCGCCUGUUAGAAGAGGUGAAUUCUUUACAUGCUCAAAAUGAUGAACUACAAGAACGGAUGAUAUGCAGGAAUGAAGAAGCUUCAGAGCAAGUCAAGGGCUUAACAGAUCAGGUGAAUACGUUGCAGCAACAGUUGGAACUCCAACAGAGCCAAAAAGCUGAAUUGGAAUUGCAACUUGAGGGGAAAACUCAAAUGAUUUCAGAAUAUACAAUACAGAUACAAAAGUUUGAUGAGGAGAUAGCAAAUAAGAUUUCAGAUCAACAGAGACUAUUGAAAGAGAAAGAAGAUUUAAUAGUGCGAAUUAACGAUCUUGAAUUAGCAUUUGACUCCUUAUGCAAUGAAAAACACGAACUUGAGGAGAAACUAAAAAGUCAGAUGGAUGAUAAUAGUCAAUUCAGGAAGGAAAAGUUUGAGCUGGAGAAGAGAUUUUUUGAAUUAGAGAGUACCUUGACAGAGAAAGAAGUUGAGCUUUCCACCCUCCAUGAGAAACACAGAAAUGGAGAGGCUGAAGCCUCGACCCAAAAACUAAACUUAGUGGUUCAGGUUGAAAAUCUGCAAGAGAAGUUGAAUUCUUUGCAGAAUGAAAAGAGCGAAAUUGAGUUGCGGGUUGAAAGGGAGAAACAAGAACUCUUGGAUACCCUGACACAACUGGAAGAGGAGCGAGUUGAGUUAACGAGUUCGAUUGCUGAUCAUCAGAGAAACUUGAAGGAACACGAGGAUGCGUACAAGAAGCUAGAAGACGAGUAUAAAGUAGUAGAAGAGCAGUUUCAAGAAUGUAAGCUAAAGCUAGAUAAUGCAGAAAUGAAGAUGGCAGAAAUGGCCCAAGAGUUCCAUAAAAACAUCAAAUCAAAUGAACAAGUGAAAGACGACCUGGAGCUAGAGGCUGAGGAUCUAAAAAGAGAUCUAGAAGUAAAAAGUGAUGAGUUAAACAAUCUGGUAGAAAAUGUUCGCACGAUCGAGGUCAAGCUUCGGUUAUCAAACCAAAAGCUUCGUGUUACAGAACAGUUAUUAGCUGAAAAAGAAGAGAUAUUUCGGAAAGCUGAACUGAAAUACAUAGAAGAACAGAGAAUGCUUGAAGAAAAAAUUUAUGGAUUAUCUGCAACAAUUGUUGCUAACAGGGAAGCACACCAAAAGACGAUAUCCACUGUUUCCGAAACCAUUAACAGUAACCUCUCCCAACUGGAAUGUGUCAUCAAGAAAUUCGAAUUGGACUAUGCAAAGUAUGAGAAGUGUGUAAUUGAGACAUCCCACGAUCUUCAGUUUGUGAAGAGUUGGGUCUCAAAGGGCAUUCAAGAAACAGAGCGCCUAAAAAAGGAGGUGGCAAACCUUGUGGAACAACUUCAAGAUAAGAAAGAGAAAGAAUCAAGAUUAAUGAAACAGGUUGAGAAGUUGGAGACUAAGGCCAACAAAGAAGGAUCAGAGAAGGAUGGAUUGGUUCAAGCAAUCGCCCAACUCGAAAAGAGACAGAGAGAAUUAGAGAAGAUGAUGGAAGAGAAGAAUGAAGGGAUGCUGAGUCUGAAAGAGGAGAAGAAAGAAGCGAUAAGGCAACUUUGUGUGCUGAUUGAUUAUCAUCGUAGCCGCUAUGAUUUUCUCAAAGACGAGGUUCUAAAGCUGAAUUUUAAAGGAGGCCAGAGCGUGAGAUAGUAACUAGUAUUUUUCCUGCAUAAAUAAAGUGUUUUGAUGCAUGAAAUUGCGUCGCUGGAUGUGAAAUUGCAAUGAAACCCUACAUUUUUUGGGUAAUUGAGGAGAUCUUUUUUGUUUUUAAAGGCAAGUUCUCUUUAUUCAAAAGAGAGUUUGGCAUUGUAUAGCUCUAGAUGUGAAAUUGCGAGAAAAACUUUAAUUUAAUUUGAAGGCAAAAUUUCUCUCGAGAGACUAGAGAUGAUA